CACACCCACACAUAACACAGAGAGAGUAUAAUGUGCAAGUGGGGGCGUACCGGCUGGCAAUUUAUAUAUUCUCUCAAAGGCAGCAGAAAGAGGGGAAAAUAGGAAAGCGAAAAAAAUAAAAAAUUAAAAAGGAAAGAAGAAAGUCUACUAAAAACCAUAGGCAUUAGAGGGGAUGAAUUUGAGUUCAUAGGUGUGUAAUAUUAUGGCGGUGUUGCCGAAUUUGGAAGCGUUCUGAGUUGACUCGAUUAGUUUCUCCGGCGUCGGAACCAGUAUUAUUUCUUCAUUUUCUGUAAUUUGUUUCUGUUCUCCGGCGGCGGCGGCUGCGAAAAUAGAGAAGCGUGCGCUUGAGGAUUUUUUUUUUUUUUGUAUUUUGUUCGGCGAAGAUGAACGCGGUUGAGAACGGAUAUACCGGAGCGGAGAGAGAGUUCAUAAGGAAGCACCAUAAGCAUGAGCCUGCGGAGAAUCAAUGCAGUUCCAUUCUCAUCAAGCGCAUCAAAGCUCCAGUACAUCUCGUUUGGUCUUUGGUGAGAAGGUUCGAUCAGCCACAGAAGUAUAAGCCCUUUGUCAGCAGGUGUGUUGUGCGAGGGAAUCUGGAGAUUGGUAGCCUUAGAGAAGUUGAUGUAAAAUCAGGCCUUCCUGCUACUACCAGCACUGAGAGGUUAGAGCUUCUAGAUGAUGAUGAACAUGUCCUCAGUGUGAGGUUUAUUGGAGGGGAUCAUAGGCUCAGGAAUUACUCAUCUAUCAUUUCAGUGCAUCCAGAAGUCAUUGACGGAAGACCAGGAACUUUAGUUAUUGAGUCAUUUGUUGUUGAUGUACCUGAAGGAAACACAAAGGAUGAAACUUGCUACUUUGUUGAAGCAGUGAUCAAGUGCAACCUCAAGUCGCUUGCUGAUGUUUCUGAGCGGCUUGCUGUGCAGGACAGGACGGAACCUAUUGAUCAGAACGAGUAAGGUAAGAAAAUGAGUUAUAGGUUAUGUUUGCCAAGGAUGAGGCUUCUGUCAAGCGUUUCCAUUGUUUGAGGCCUUCGGAGGCUGGCUGUUCGGUGGAAGCUGUUUGUCCAUAAUGAGACCCACGUUACUCUCUUCUUCUUGUGUUCAUUAUAUUUGAUAGUUUUGAAGACAUGUUUGAUCUCCCUAUUUCUAGUAGCCCAAGAACCACAGUUUUUAUAAGUUUCAAACCCCAACAUGGACAGCAAAUGCGCGAGAAAGGCAAUGGUUUUAUGUGUUGAAGUUUUGGCUUGGUGCUCUUGGAAUAUCGUGCUUUAGGCUUGUAAAUACAGUACAGCUGUAUGUGGUGGAGAGAUUGUAUCAUUGUGGUUCUAUUUUUGUAUUCUAUACCUUCUGCUUCGCAUUACUGUGGAAAGGAGGUAGGACUAAGGUUGGCAGUACAUCAUCUUCUAUCAGGAACUUUCGUCCAAGCACCUAAUAUUAGUGGUUAAUUGCGUUAUUGUAUAUGUUGGCCAACUUCUGAGUAGAUUUAUCCAUUUGAGUGACCCAUUUGCUCCAUGAUAAUUGAUUUUAUAUUCAUAGCUACCAAAUUUCUGAAGAGAAUGUGUCUUUUUUGGUUGGUGUUUUCACAAAUUAAUAUGAUUCAUGUUGGGAACAAUCUUCCAAGUUCAUUCAACUCAUGCUUCUCUCGAAUGGAAAUUUUCUAAAAAAUGUCUAAGCAUCUGUUCGCAGAUAUUGAGUGAAGCAAUUGCCAAAAAAAUGUCUAUGC